GGAGUUCUCAUGGAUACACUCAUUCUACGAUAGGUUUCAGAACACUGUGCAAUCCGAGGAAACUGCGCUAGAUAUACCAGCUGGGAGGAAGGCACGUGCGGGUACCUUAGCACCUAAACUAUAGCUCAUGACAAGGGUCAAACACAGUGUCGAGUGAAGAUCUCAGAGAGAGCGGGCCGACCACCGGGACGACAUGAUCUUUCCUUCCGUUUGUUUUAUCAAUCCCAACAUUUUGAACGGGAUGUUCAACUUCCGUUUCCGAGUAGAGGAGGGUAUCGCAAACGAGAGCUCCAUCUACCUGUUACGUGGUCAACGGGUGCACAUAUAUAAAUGAUGAUAAGACACCCUAUCUUCAAUUCAUAAGCUUUAAAAGAACUCUACAUUACUACAACCCACACUAACACAUUCAUAAUUUGGCUACCACUUUAGCGAUGGAUACAACACGACUUCCCAAAGACCGCAUCGAAGCACUACUUAAGAAGUACGAUCAGGAACGAGACAAACGCCUCAAAAAAGAGGGUGCCAGCCAGUAUAUUGAUAUUCGAUCAGAGGAUGUCGAAGCUCUUGGCAAAGAUCCUUGGAUAGACUACAAUGACCCUCGAGUCAAAAAUCCUCCUCUUAAAGAUGGCGAUCACGUCAAAGUCCUCAUCACUGGCGCCGGAAUCAAUGGUCUCGUCUUCGCAGGACGACUGAUUGAGGCAGGUAUCAGUAACAAGGAGGUUGUAUGUGUUGAUGCUGCAGGAGGCUUCGGUGGCACUUGGUACUACAACCGUUAUCCAGGAGUCAUGUGCGACGUUGAAGGGUACUGCUACGUUCCGUUCCUCGAGGAAACAGGCUACCGACCUCGACAUAAAUACUCGUACGGCCACGAGAUACGCGGCCAGAUGGAACGCAGUGCCGACCAUUUCGGAAUUCAAGGACAAUUCUGUACAAAAACUGACUCGAAGAUCUGGGAUGAAGACAAAAAACUCUGGAUUGUCACCAUGACACGAACAGUCGGCGAGCCGUCCAUAUCAGAGACUUUUACUGUAACCUCGGAGUUCGUCGUCAUUGCGGGUGGCCCCUUCAGCUUCCCUAAGAUCCCUCAACUCCCUGGAUGGAACGACUUUAGAAAGAAAAAUCAUGCAUUCCAUUCAGCCCGCUGGGACUACAGCUACACCGGCGGUACUCAAGAGAAGCCCGAUCUAGUCAAACUUCGAGGAAAGCGUGUCGCUAUUAUAGGCACUGGCGCAACUGCUAUCCAAAUAGUGCCUGAACUAGCCAAAUGGGCUGAACACGUAUAUGUUGUUCAGCGAACACCAACAUAUAUUGGGGAACGUAAUCAAACUGAGACCGAUCCGGAGAAUUGGGCCAAUAUUACGAGGGAGAAAGGAUGGCAAGAGAAGCGUAGAACCGCCUUUGACGCAUACGUUAGCAACAGCGAAGGAUAUGGUCCUGAUGUGAUUAAUGAUGGCUGGACACAUACACCGGCCGGUUCUGGCUUCCUCGGGUCCAAGUCAAAGAUUGUCGCUCGCGAUGAGAUCGAGCAACAUAUCAGAGAACUUUAUGAGCUCGACUUCCCACGCACUGAGCUCCUGCGUAAGCGCGUUGAUGGAAUAGUCAAGGACGAAGGCACUGCCGAAAAGCUGAAACCAUGGUAUGGCAGCUGGUGCAAGCGCCCUUCGUUCCACGACCACUUCCUCCAGGCAUUCAACAAGCCGAACGUCACUCUAAUCGACACCGACGGCAAGGGUCUCGAUGGUUUCACUGAGAAUGGAAUCCUGUUUCAAGGCGCCGAAUACGAAAUCGAUGCUCUCGUCCUCGCUACUGGUUUCACGUUUGGCAUGAGCUUAGACCCUUCGGAGAAACUUGGCGCAACUAUCACGGGACGGAACGGCCUCAGCAUGAAGGAAUACUGGAACAGCGCUGAUUCUGGGAGUCUCCUCGGCUUGGCUUUGCCUGGAUUUCCAAAUGUUUUCAGCUACUUCGGUCGUGGCUCGGGCGCCACAUGGAAUCUAACGUCUGUCAUUGAAACGAAGGCUGCCCUCCUUGCAAGCAUUAUAACGCAAGCACAAAAGCAGGCGGGCCCGGGUCAGAGAGUGGUCAUUGAGGUUUCAAAGGAGGGCGAGAGCCAAUUUGGCCAAGAAGUUGCAAAAAGGGCGAAUUGGUUUAGCGUUAUGCCUGUAUGCACACCCGGCUACUUCAACGGCGAGGGCGCCGCUACUUUCCAGGAGCCCAAGACGGAGGAGCAGGUUUUCAAUGAAAGUAAGAGGAUGGCUUGGGGUGCUGGACCCUUGGAUUACAAGGAAAUGACGAAGGACUAUGCAGCAAGAGGUGACCUCAAGGGAUUUACGGUUGAAGUGGUAGCUUAGGCUCGUACGAGCUAGGUCACCUUAACUGAUUAAUCAU